AUGCGAUCCCAAGUACUGCGUCUAGUUUGCUCCCUCUUAGGGGCGAUCCUGAUUCCCAGCGCCUUAGCACGAAGAGGCGGCAGCGGAGACUCAGAUGGCGAUGGCGGCAGCAGCAGUGGCGGCAGCGAUAGCACUGGCUCCUCUUCCGAUCCCUGCAGCACCCCAGACCAUCCCGCCGUCUGGAAAUGGGACUUGAUCCCGCACAACGCCAACAACCGGACGUCCGGCGGGGUCGAAGGUCGCGACACCAGCUACGACGGGUCGUUCUUUGAGGGCAAAGCCGAGUUGUUCUACAACAUCACCGAGGAAGGAGGACUCACCUGCCACAUGAGCGCCGAGAAUCCGAUCAGCUUGCUCGGAUACGCCUGGAUUGGCCCGCAGGCCCCUUACCCCGUUGGCCCAACAAACCCAAUAAUCAUUGGAUUCAAGGCGUGGGAGUCGCGCAAGCCACUUGAUGAAAUUGAGGACUCGUAUGGAUACGUCGAUUGGGAUCCAGGGAAUUCUAAUGGCUGUCCGGACAGGCCUGACUUGUUUCUUCUUACAACAACGUAUUCAUGGACGGACUGGCGGAAGUCCGAAGAGUUGCUCAGGGUGGUUGGUUACGCCUUCGAUGUGCUUCAUCUGGAUCUCUCUGCAACUGGGGAUUCGGACCUGGGAGAGGUGCAGUUCAGCGGAACAAUGGUCAAUGCAUCAGUGCCUAAGCCCGAAUAUCGGCAUAUGACCAUCAGAAUGCCCGGACGGAUCUGUGGAAUGCAUCGUGUGUUCUCGAUGGACGACGAAGACAUUGAUCGCUUGGGCAUAAGCGGCUCUUUUACGAACACGACACUAGACUUGACUCUUUCCGGUAGAGGCACAGCGGUCGCUAUCUCUUCUUGGUCCAGGAGCAAUAUCACUGUCGAGUUCGAUCUGAAGUUUUCAGGGAGAUUUGACAGUGACAAUUCGACUCAAAAGCUCAGCUUGCAGCAGAGGGACCAAGCGUUGGUGGACUGGGUGCCGAAUCUUGGAAUUCAGAUUAUCCCCAGGUCACUUGGAUGGGUUGGCAGCUUGGUCUGCCUUGGUGCUAUCAUGCUGGGCCUCUAG